AUGGCUUCGACUCCACCAAAGAAAUCCACAAGGAGCCCCAGGAGUUCUGACCCACAGGCCAACAGAGGCUCAAGUGGGCAAACAGUGAAAUUCGCGAGACGAACUUCAAGCGGGCGUUAUGUGAGUCUUUCCAGAGAUGAACUCGACAUGUCUGGGGAGAUUAGCGGCGAUUAUAUGAACUAUACGGUUCACAUUCCUUCGACGCCGGACAAUCAGCCGAUGGAGACGUCGGUGGCAACGAAAGCAGAGGAGCAGUACGUGGCGAAUUCUCUCUUCACGGGAGGGUUUAACAGUGUCACCCGUGCCCACCUCAUGGACAAGGUGAUCGACUCCGAAGUAUCUCACCCUCAAAUGGCUGGAUCGAAAGGCUCCGCCUGUAGCAUGCCCGCCUGCGAUGGUAAGGUCAUGAAAGACGAGAGAGGUCAAGAUAUCUCCCCUUGCGAAUGCAGGUUCAAAAUUUGCAGAGAUUGCUUCUUGGAUGCACAGAAAGGGUCUGGUUUAUGCCCAGGGUGUAAGGAGUCAUACAAGGACUACGAAGACGAUACGCUGGAUAUGUCGAGUGGAAGGCUGCCGUUGCCUGGUCUGGAAAACUCAAAGGUGGAUCGUGGCAUGUCGAUGAUGAAGUCCAAUAACAACAAAUCGAUGCAACUGAGGUCCCAAACAGGGGAAUUUGAUCACAACCGAUGGCUAUUCGAGACCAAAGGUACUUACGGCUAUGGCAAUGCUUUCUGGCCCCAAGACGACAUGUACGGCGACGACGAUGGUGAUGGAGGUCUCCAUGGAGGAAUGGUGGAAACAGCAGACAAGCCAUGGAGACCCCUCAGCCGAGUGAUUCCCAUGCCUGCCGGUAUCAUUAGUCCUUACAGGUUGCUUAUUGCGCUGAGGUUGGUGAUUCUCUGUUUCUUCUUGACAUGGCGUAUCAAGCACCCAAACGAAGAGGCUAUGUGGCUAUGGUUGAUUUCGGUGGUAUGCGAGAUUUGGUUCGCAUUCUCCUGGAUUCUCGAUCAGAUCCCCAAGCUCUGCCCUGUCAAUCGCUCCACCGACCUUGCCGUGCUGAGAGACAAGUUCGACAUGCCUACUCCUUCCAAUCCCACCGGCAGGUCUGAUCUCCCAGCCCUCGAUAUGUUCGUGUCGACAGCCGACCCAGAGAAGGAACCACCACUCGUCACCGCCAACACCAUUCUCUCCAUUUUAGCCGUCGACUAUCCAGUGGAGAAACUCUCCUGCUAUAUCUCCGACGAUGGUGGGGCACUUCUGACAUUCGAGGCCAUGGCGGAGGCUUGUAGCUUCGCUGACUUGUGGGUCCCUUUCUGUCGUAAACAUGACAUCGAACCAAGGAACCCUGAUAGCUAUUUCGCCAUUAAAGGGGACCCCACCAAGAACAAGAGACGGGCAGAUUUCGUCAAAGACAGAAGGAGGAUCAAGAGGGAGUACGAUGAGUUUAAGGUAAGGAUCAAUGGUCUUCCAGAUUCCAUACGGAGGAGAUCAGACGCCUUCAACGCUAGGGAGGAGAUGAAGAUGUUGAAACACAUGAGAGAAAGUGGUGGGGACCCCUUAGAGUCCAUUAAGAUCCAGAGAGCCACGUGGAUGGCUGAUGGGACCCAUUGGCCUGGCACUUGGAGUUCCCCCAGCACUGAUCAUAAGAAAGGAGAUCAUGCCGGCAUCCUUCAGGUGAUGUUGAAACCCCCAAGUCCAGACCCUCUGAUGGGUUGUGCGGAAGAAAAGAUUAUAGACUUCACAGACAUAGACAUAAGGCUUCCCAUGUUUGUUUACAUGUCACGUGAGAAGCGACAGGGCUAUGACCACAACAAGAAGGCAGGAGCCAUGAACGCACUCGUCCGUGCUUCUGCUGUACUCUCUAAUGGCUCCUUCAUUCUCAAUCUAGAUUGUGAUCACUACAUCUACAACUGUAAAGCCAUUAAAGAGGGUCUUUGCUUCAUGAUGGAUCGAGGUGGUGAAGACAUUUGUUACAUUCAAUUCCCUCAGCGUUUCGAAGGUAUCGAUCCUUCUGAUCGUUAUGCCAACAACAACACUGUCUUCUUCGACGGCAACAUGAGAGCAUUGGAUGGAUUGCAGGGCCCAUUUUAUGUGGGGACAGGUUGUAUGUUCAGGAGAUUCGCAUUGUAUGGUUUUGAUCCACCCAAUGUGAAUAAGAUGGUGAAGAAUGGAGGAGAACAAGAAACGCAUGCGUUGAAGCCUACUGACUUCGAUCCUGACCUUGAUGUUAACAUGCUUCCUAAGCGAUUCGGUAAUUCUACUAUACUUGCAGAGUCUAUACCUAUCUGUGAGUUCCAAGGUCGACCAUUGGCUGAUCAUCCUGCAAUAAAGUAUGGAAGGCCACCUGGGAUUCUUACAGUUCCACGAGAACCACUUGAUGCCACCACCGUUGCAGAGGCUGUUUCCGUCGUGUCUUGUUGGUAUGAGGACAAGACGGAGUGGGGGGAUCGAGUGGGGUGGAUUUAUGGAUCGGUGACGGAAGAUGUGGUGACGGGCUACCGUAUGCACAACCGUGGGUGGAGGUCCGUGUAUUGCAUCACCAAACGUGAUGCGUUCCGAGGAUCGGCACCUAUAAAUUUAACAGAUCGAUUGCAUCAAGUGUUGAGGUGGGCGACUGGGUCAGUGGAGAUCUUCUUCUCUCGAAACAAUGCUUUCCUUGCUACCAGGAAGGUUAUGCUUCUCCAACGUUUGUCUUACAUCAACGUCGGUGUUUACCCCUUUACUUCACUCUUCCUUCUCGUCUACUGCUUCCUUCCUGCUCUCUCCCUCUUUUCUGGGCAUUUCAUCGUGCGGACCUUGAGCGUUACUUUCCUCGUCUACCUACUCGUCACCACAUUAUGCCUCAUCGGCGCCGCCAUCCUGGAGGUUAAAUGGUCUGGUAUUGCCCUGGAGGAGUGGUGGAGGAACGAGCAAUUCUGGCUCAUCUCUGGGACUAGUGCCCACUUGGCCGCUGUGAUACAAGGGCUCCUCAAGGUUAUUGCCGGAAUCGAGAUCUCCUUCACGCUUACUUCUAAGUCCGCCGCAGACGAGAACGAAGACAUCUAUGCCGAACUUUACCUCGUCAAGUGGACUUCUUUGAUGAUUCCUCCCAUAGUCAUUGCCAUGGUUAACAUAAUUGCCAUUAUUACUGCGUUUGCGAGGACGAUAUACAGUGCGACUCCUCAAUGGAACAAGUUCAUCGGAGGAGCUUUCUUUAGUUUGUGGGUAUUGACUCAUCUCUAUCCAUUCGCUAAAGGGCUCAUGGGAAGGGGAGGCAAGACCCCCACCAUUGUUUUCGUGUGGUCGGGUCUCAUUGCCAUUACCUUGUCCUUGCUCUGGAUUGCCGUAAGCCCACAAAAAGCCAGUCCUACUACCGCUUCUCAAGCUGCAGGGUUUCAGUUCCCAUAAUGAGUUGUG